AUGAGUGCCAAACUUUUAUCUGAACAAAUAAAAAAUUCCGAAAACCAAAGUUCACAUGCUGGUUUCGCACUUAGGAAAAAUAAAAAAGAUGGACUAUUAAUCGUAGGACAUAGAGGCGCUAGCGCUUCUUACCCGGAAAAUUCGAUAAUGGCACUCAAGGGCGCAAUAGCUGAUGGCGCCGAUGCUAUUGAAUUUGAUAUUCAAAAAACAUUAGAUGGUGAAAUCGUAGUAUUACACGACUCAACUUUGGAUCGUGUGACGGAUAGCAAAGGUCGAGUGAUGGACCGAAAUUAUUAUGGUGAUAUUGAACAUUUAAGGUCCAAGAAAGAACCUAAUUGUCCUAUCGCUUUAUUUAAAAAGGUGGUAGACCUUAUGUUGAUGGAAGAAAAUUCACAUAUAUGGGCAAUGAUAGAUAUUAAAUUAUUAAACUCUCCUUCCAUCAUUGUUGAUAUUGAAAAAAUAUUACGCUCCCGUAGCGAUGAUCUAAAAAUUUUUUCAACCAGAUUCAUUUUAGGUAUUUGGCAUCCUAAAUAUUUACCUUAUGCCAAAACCUAUUUACCGGACAUUCCUAUUGCAUAUAUUGGUGCGUCAUUAAAAAUUGCGCGAGAAUACUUUUCUUGUGUUGAUGCGUAUAAUUUGAUGUAUUCAUCAGUAGCUUGGAAUAAAGAAGGUCGAGACUUUAUUGAACAAGCACAUCAAGUUGGAAAGCCUGUUUUCGUAUGGACAGUUAAUACGCUAGAUUAUGCUAAAGAAUGUUAUAAUAUUAAUGUGGAUGCGGUUAUGACGGACAGACCGGGUUACUUUGUGGACUUUUUCAAUAAAAAUAACCCAGAAACUUUUGAAAUGACGAGAUUCUCUUGGUGGUAUCCUAAAUGGCUUUUAUCUUUAUAUAGACGUGCGUUGAUGUGGGUUGCCCACGUUUUGGGUAGUUAUCACUUAUCAAAGCAUGGACCCCUAGAGAAAGUAAAUUUUGAGUCGUAA